AAGUGAGUCAUGUGUUGGUUGCCAACAACAACACAGUCAACGGUCCUCCCUACAACAGAAGCGAUUUAUUCGCUGAUCCUGUUAUAUAUCAGUUUCUACUUGAUUUGAGUUUCUGUGAUGCAGAGGUCAGCUGUGGUGAAUAACAGCUUCAAGCCCAUCAUCAUUAACAGAGUGGUGGUCCGAGACAAAGAGUUUCUGCAUAGACUGGGCAAAGUGCUAAAACUUAAGUGGCUACUUGGCAAAGAAGUCCAGGCAUGAAUAGACUCACUUGCCUACAGUGCCACAAACACACUAUUACUGACACAUUAUUUUUUGUAGGCUGGAAACUUUAUAUUGAAACUUACCAUUGAUUCCACAGAUUCAAAGGAAUAACUGUCCAGACAAUUUAAAUGUAGUAUUUUACAUCCAUAGCUUUGAUUCUAUCCCAGCUUUAUUGUCAUUGCCUGUUCUUUGAUCAAAUGUAAAGUUGAACUUUAUAUGAAACUUCUUAAUAUAUGUCCAUUGUGCAUGUAAUUACUCUGCUAUAUUUUAGAUUAGGAGAUCGCUUGUUGACAGAAUCAUCCCGUGUUUUGCUUGCGUAGCUGUGGAAAACAAUGAUUUCUUCUCUCUAAGUGCCCUCCUAGAGAAGAUGGAUGUCAAUUGUGGAACCUAUGACGAUGUCACACCUCUUCAUACAGCCUGUGAGUUGGGGAACUUAGAUAUGAUUAAGUUCUUGCUAGCAAAGGGAGCAUCUCCUCAAAAGGUGAACCGUUUUGGACAGUGCCCAUUUUACCUGGCCAUUAAGAGCAGGUGCUGUCAUGCUGUCAAACUCCUGAACAUGAAAGAAGUCACUGUUAAUCUGCACCCUGUGAGAAUUGCCAUGGAAAUGAUCCAAGCGGUACAGAAAAGAGAUUACCCUCUGCUGCGUGUCUGGGCUCUAUCAGGGGUCGACAUGGACACUAAAGACUACGAUGGACGCACAGCAAUGCAUGAGGCAGUUUAUCUAAAAGACAAGUCUAUGAUCACCAAACUACUGGAUUAUGGAGCCACGCCACUGGAGAAAGAUGUGUGGGGACAGACAGCCAUGGAUAAUUCUCGAAGUGAAACAGCAAUCAUUGCUCUUUUUGACCCUCUUUUCACAGUGUGUUGUCCGACUAAAGAGGACUAUCUGCUGUAUAAGGCAAAUCAUGUACAGAUAAAAAAGUAGUCUUUUUGUCAGCAUAAUUAUUCUGUAUUUGUGACUUUCUCACUCUGCGAUUGUUAUGUAUAUGUAUGAGGAUAAUAAAUACGCUGCUAAUAUAUAAUAUUAAAUAAACUACUACUAAUAAAUGCAUACUACUUAAAGGGA